AUGAACAUUCCUGUUCAAGGCGAAAGCACCUUUGGCUACCACGGCCUGGAGACCAGUGGCCCCUCCCACGAGGAGGUCGUCAAAUUCCUCAUCCGAGAGUUUUUGGAGAAGAUCAAUUUCGACCGCAGUCUGCCCUUCACCAAAGACCAUGAGCUCGAAGCCGCGGUGUGGACCUACUUCAAGAGCCUGAACAUGGGGGAGAAAACAGAGUCCGCGGUAUACAAGGCCCUCAAACUCUCUGUCACUUUAACCCACCAAGCCUACACGCUGCUUCCCUUUGAGAACAAGGUUCUCUGUGCCAUCCAGAUUCUUUAUAUGUUUCUUGUCGAUGACAUUGCCGAGCAUUUUAUGGAUGACCUACGUUGCUUUGCCCAGAACUUCAUCCUGAAUAACCCCCACAACCACCCCCUCCUCCGCAACUUCGACUCCCACCUCCGCUACAUGGCCCAGUAUUACGGGCCCUACUGCCACUCCACGAUUAUCAAGUCCCUGUUUGACUACGUCAACGGCCGGAUCCUAGAACACGAGAUGGAACAGACCCAGUUCAAGUUUCCGACCAGCUCCCGGCUGAUGCCCAUGCUUCUGCGCACGAAGGUCGGGGCGGCCGAAAUCUUGGUUUCCAUGAUGUGGCCGAAGGCCGUCUUUCCGGAGGAGACGUAUCUCAUGCGGUACUUCCCUGCGAUCGGCGAGCUGGUGAUUUUUAUCGACUUCACCAACGACAUUCUGUCGUACUACAAGGAGUUUGUGAUCCGGGAGGAGAAGGGCAACUUUGUGGCGAAUUUUGCCGAGACGCAUUCCAUGUCGCAUUUAGAGGUGCUGCGCCAUAUGGCGAGUUAUACGCCGCAGGUGAUUAACUCAGUGUACCGUAUGCUCCAGGGCCAGGAGGAGCUGCUGAAGCAAGUGCAGACCUUUGUGAACGGCUGGAUUAUGCUGUGCACUGCGCACCGGCGGUAUUAUCUAGUGGAGCUGUUUGAGGAUGAAGGGUACCUGCCGCCUUAUGAUGAAGAUGCUUGA